UAAAGGGCCGUCCACGUCGGCCCAAACUUCCCACCAAUUCUUCCUCUGCUUCCUCAAGUCAACAACUGGACAUCAACCCAAUCUGCUGACAAUCCAAACCAGCUAUCCUACAUCAAGGACAACACAAGCACACACUGCACUAGCAGCAACAACAAUUCAUAUUUCAUCAGAAACAACAACCACAACACAACAUCGUCAUGUCACACCUACAUCUCCGCGAGGCCAUGGCUUUGCCUUCUCGUAUCGCCCAAUAUCUCAAGAGACACCAGUCCAACCCCCAGAUGAAGCGCAAGUCUGGCAAAGUCCUUAAGAAGAAGCGCCAAGACGCCGUCUAUCAGACGGUCCAAUCCACCAACCCCAAUCCCCGGAAGCGUUCCAGUGAAGAAAUCACUGAUGCCACUCGCGAUGCCUUCAUUGACCGCUUCAUCGAUGCCGAUGCAGCGCCUCCCCAAAAGCGCCCCAGAUGGCCUGUCGUUGAAGAACGCGACGAGUUCCGUCCUUUUCGUCCACGAAAGCGCUCAAGUGACGAAUUCGAAGAAGUGUCCUCCGAUGCAUCCAGUGAUCGCUUUGUUGAUGCAGAUGCUCCUCCCCCUCAGAAGCGUCCCAGAUGGCCAGCUGCAGAAGACUGUGAUGAGCCCAUUUCUUUCCCGGAGAAGCGACCUAGAUCACUUGCAGAAGAAAUUGCCGAUGCCACUGCACAUGAAGACAUGGACCCAUUCAAUUGUGAAGAACUAGCCUCCCCCGCCCAGCGCUUCAGAUCGCUCGCUGAAGAGAUCGCUGAUGCCACUAGCCACGAAGACGGUGAAGCCUUCGAUGAUGAUGAUGAUGAAGGUGAUGAAGCUCCUUUCACCGCUCGCUUCAGGUCGCUUGCUGAGGAGCUUGCCGAUGCACUUGCGAGCGAAGGUGACGACGAAUUUGAUGAAGACAAACAGGCUAACUUCCCCAAACGCCGCUCGCUUGCCGACGAGCUCGCUGAUGCUACUGCCGAUAAAGAUGGCAACCCCUUUGAGGAUGAAGAUCUCACUGUCCAUCAUCUCCCCACAUUGCUCGCUGCUGACACCAUGGGCGCCGCCAUCGCUGAGGCUGGUGAUCCAUCAUAUCUCGAGGCCAUCAUUGAUCUUGCUCAUCUUUCAUUUGACCAUUGCAACCCCACUUCUUUCAGGCCCCCUCGAUCGCUUGCUGAAGAACUUGCCGAAGCCAUUGCUAACGAGGACAUCGAGCCCUUUGAUGACCCAGACGAGAUUUUGUCCGGACUUCCCGAACUUACUGAUGACGAUGACAGUAACUCCAUUGUUGAUGGGUCUUUCGGAGAGCACCAGAAUUCACUAACCGAGGAAGAAAGCCCGUCACUCGAUCACGAAGCCCUUGUUUCUCAACUUCAAGGAAGAUCCCUCGCAGAGGAGCUCUUUGACGCAACUUCUGACGAAGAGGGCGACCCAUUUGAAGGAGAUACAGAUUUCCAGCUGCGCUUCCACUCACUAGAGGAACAGAUUGCCGACGCCAUGUCCCACGAAAUCGGCCAAGGACUCGACGAUAUCGACUCCGCCCCCCUCAUGCGCCUAGACUCACCAGCCAAGAAACUUCUAGACUCGAUCGCCAACGAGGAUGAAGACAUUUCCGACAUUGAUCACGAUGCCUCAUUUAUCACUGCUCUUGAGACACUCUCCGAGAACGACUUUCACAUUGAAGAUGAAGAUGCUCCUAUUCAGGGGCGCCGCCGCUCACUAGCUGAUGAGAUUGCUGAUGCAACUAUGGGCGAGGAAGGUGAUCCAUUUGACGAUAAAGAGGAUUCACCCGCAGACAAUAUGGCCUCCGAGCUCUCAGCUGAGGUGCGCAAACGUCCCUUCUGGCUAUGGAGAAAAUACAUGUCCACACCCGUGCUGCUCGGCGGCUGCCCGAUGCAGUAAUGCAUCGCUUCUCGCUUCUAAGUGAGUCACU